UGAUUGUUAUUAAUCAUGUAAAUAUAUGACUUGCUCAUUUGUGCGCUAGGAAUCAUCGUUUUUAAAAGUAUCGUGAUAAUUACUUGUAGUUUACUAGUAUCUUGAUUAAUUAAGAAAUCAAUAUAACAGUUAUAGUUACUAUUAAGUGACAAUUUUACAUGAGGUUUGGUAGCAUUAGUACGGUUACUGAUACGAAGCAGGCAUUUGAUAUACAGACGUUCCUAGAUGUUAAAAGUUGAUGUUGUACACCUUUAGUCUAAGUCAUUACAUCCAGCAUGUUGUCAGUGAUGCAAUCACCGUCCUUGACAAAAAGGAGUUACGAUGAAGUUCCUCAGCACCCAUUAGAACGAUUACAUCCAUUACGGGUAGAUGUUGAAUUAAGAAGAAACACCUUCACAAACUGGCCAUCUAAUAGUGUCGUAUCACCUGGAAAGUUGUGUGAUAAUGGCUUCUAUUAUAUGGGAAUCACAGACAAGGUCCAGUGUGCUUUUUGUGGUGGUAUUUUAAGUGGCUGGACAAAAGACGAUGAUGUCCAUCGUGAACAUUCCAAACAUUUCGGACAAUGUGAACUUGUUCGUGUGAAAAACAAUAACUGUGUAAGACGGUUUGAAUUUUCUAACUCUGUUCAGACAUGUGAGAAGCAAGAAAAUACCUCUUCGGAUAAUAAUGUAAAACCACACAAUAGUCAAUAUUCUUUAUAUUGUGACAGACUCUCAACUUACCAAACUUGGUCAAAAACCUUAAAACAGAGACCUGACGAUUUAGCAGCUACUGGUCUUUACUACAAAGGAACUAAUGACACAUGUCAGUGUUAUAUGUGUGGAGGGAUACUUUCUGGAUGGGAAACUGAAGACAUUCCACAAGCUGAACACAAAAAGUGGUUUCCGAAAUGUCCACUUGUUUCCUGUUGACCGUUUACUCAUACGCAAAGUUACGAUUUGAAAAAUCAUUUAUCAUUCAUACCAGUAAAAUGCACUGUCUCACAAUCUUUAUAUACAUUUAGCUCCACAUCAAAUAUCUCAAAAACUUCUGACUUAGUAGAAUUAUCCUAUAAAUGCGUUUACAUAAAUAUCAAAUUUUUGUAUGCUAAAAAAGUUUCUUUAUGAUAAAAUUGUAUGUUAAAUUUUUCCUCUUUCAUAAAAUAAUAGAGAGAUGAAAAUGUUGACUAUUUGUGAUCUUGAUUGAAAAUGUUUGAAAUUUUGUGUUCAAAUAG